UCACGUCUCCAUGGAAACAAACGAAGUGUCUACUCCAAGGCCUGAGGCUCUUUUGGUCUAGCUGGGCUGCGGCCAUUGUUUGAGUACACGGAGUGAUUUGGUCUGUCUCCGUCCACCUUAGAGGCUCUGUAAGUGACACGGACCCUCGGGAGCACCCAGCCAGAAGCGGACAAGGGCGAGGAGAACUGUAGCUGAAGGAGGAGUGGCAGAAAAAAGAGUGGCAGAAAAGGGUCAGGGCUGAGAAGCAGUUACGGCUUAGAAAUCCCGGAGACACCAGUGGACCUGUGUUAGCAAGGCUGGAUCUGGGUGGCAAAGGCUCAUGCCCCAGUUUUACAGCUCAGCCUUUGCAACAUUCCAUCCUUACCCAAAAGAGGAGCACAAAGAAGGAAUGUUCACUAUUUUCCUCAUUGUCUGAACCCAGAUUUCUUCUUUCUGAAAAGCCUGAUCUUUGACCAGAUGGCAGUAACAUUUGAAGAUGUGACUGUUAUUUUUACUUGGGAGGAGUGGACAUUCUUGGAUUUUUCUCAAAAAAAGCUCUACAGAGAGGUCAUGUGGGAGAACUACACAAAUGUCAUGUCAGUAGGAAACUGGAAAGAGAGCUACAAAUCUCCCAAAGAAAGAUUUAGAUAUUUAGAACAUGAAAAUCUUUCCUGCUGGCCAGGUUGGAAGAAUGCUAGCACUCAGUUAUUUGAGAACCGAAAGUAUGUGGAUACCAUUCAAGGGCUAGAUUCCAAAGACCUAAAGCAACAAGACUUUUCCCAUUAUCGAGAAUGGUUAAUAUUCUCCACACAAGUACCAAGCUAUGGGAACUGUGAACUAACUUUUGAAGGCAGAAGUCCUAGGAACUUAACAUAUACAAAGUUUAUACCUUGGCAGUCCUUGGAAACAAAACACACUCAAGAUUACAGUAGAAAAUUCUAUGUGAGUGAGUCACAUGGUUUUCAAGGAAGCAGAUACCAUCUUGGCAUAUCCAGGAAAAAUCUCUCCAUGGAAAAAGAAAAGAAGCUCAUAGUCCAGCAUUCUUAUGUCCCAAUAGAGGAUACCCUUCCAGAGUACAUUGAAGAGAUAUGCCAAAAUGACCUACUGAAAGACUCUAUGGAAGAAAAAUACUGUGGAUGUAAUAAAUGUAAAGAAAUUUAUUAUUGGAACUCACAGUGUGUUCUCCACAAGAGAAGUCAACUUGGAGAAAAGUUGUAUCAGUGCUCCAUCAGUACAGCAUGUUUCUCUCAGCAAUCAGACCUAUACAGACAUCCAAGAAUCCAUGUAGUUAAGAAGCUGUACGGAUGUGAUGAAGUUAACAGUAACUUCAGUCAGAGCUUAAGUGUUCACUUUCAUCAGAGAGUCCACACAGGGAAGUUUCUUUAUAUAUGUAAUAUAUGUGGAAAGAGCUUCAGUCAGAUCUCUAGUCUUCACAAUCAUCAAAGAGUCCAUACAGAAGAGAAACUCUAUAAAUUUGAGUGUGGUAAGGACCUCAGUAGAAAUCCAUUAUUUCAUAUUCAUCAGAGACUUCACAUAGGAGAGAAGCCUUUUAAGUGUGAUCAGUGUGGUAAGAGUUUUAGUCGGAGUUCAGUACUUCAUGUUCAUCAGAGAGUCCACACAGGAGAGAAACCAUAUAAAUGUAACGAGUGUGGUAAGGGCUUCAGUCAGAGCUCUAAUCUUCGAAUUCAUCAGUUAGUCCACACAGGAGAGAAGUCCUAUAAAUGUGAUGACUGUGGUAAGGGCUUUACCCAGCGCUCGAAUCUUCAAAUUCAUCAGAGAGUGCACACAGGAGAGAAGCCUUAUAAAUGUGAUGACUGUGGGAAGGACUUCAGUCACAGCUCAGAUCUUCGCAUUCAUCAGAGGGUCCAUACAGGGGAGAAACCCUAUACUUGUCAUGAAUGUGGGAAGGGCUUCAGCAAGAGUUCAAAGCUUCACACUCAUCAAAGAGUACAUACUGGAGAGAAACCCUAUAAAUGUGAACAGUGUGGUAAGGGAUUCAGUCAGCGUUCACAUCUUCUCAUUCAUCAGAGAGUCCAUACAGGAGAAAAACCCUAUAAAUGUGAUGACUGUGGAAAAGGCUUUAGUCAUAGCUCUAAUCUUCACAUUCAUCAGAGGGUCCACACAGGAGAGAAGCCUUACCAAUGUGCUAAGUGUGGUAAGGGUUUCAGUCAUAGCUCAGCUCUUCGAAUUCAUCAAAGAGUUCACACAGGAGAGAAACCCCAUAAAUGCCAUGAGUACUACAGGAGAUUUGAUCACAAUUCACAUCUUUACAAUAAUCACAGAAGAGAAAACUUAUAAUUCUGUUCAUUUAGUUAACAGCUUUAGUCAAAACCUUAAGCCCAAUAAAUGCUGCUGGGAAGAAAAUUCUAUAACCCAAGUAAUCCCAAGCAACAUUUACAGUUUCCCCUAACACCAGCUAAGAAUCAUUUGCUUCAAGAGGAGGUCCUUAGAAGGAUUUCUAUAUAUUUAAAAUUAAAGUGUUUUUUUGCUACUAUAAAUAUUAUACAUGGUCAUUAUAAAAUGUAUAAAAGAUUUGAGGAGAAAAUUCAUCCCGUUUCAUGUCUUUUUUUCUGUGCAUUUUAUUGUGCAUGAAAUCAUACUGUAUGUUCGACUUUGUGUUUUAAUGACUUCAAAACAAUUUACUUACAUUUUGGUUUGAACUGAAAUUGGCUAGCUAGCUAUGAAAUAGUGUCUUGACUCUCCUGUAAAGUCCCUAGGAAGCUACAGGAAAAAAAAAAAAAA